AUGGCUGGUAUUCACAAAAUUGCUGACAUCAAUCCUACAAUCGAUAAUUUGUGUGUACGUAUACGAGUGAUAUGGUUAUGGACACUACCAAGUUACGAAAAUUCUCCAUUGCCAUACUCAAUUGAGAUGGUUUGGCUCGAUGAAGACGGAGGAAAAAUACACGCCUCAGUUAAGAAGGCUUUUGUGUCUCGAUUCGUGAAUUUGCUGGAGGAAGGAAUAUCUUACCAAAUAAGAUAUUUUGGUGUUGGACUCAAUAAGGGUUACUUCAAGACUACACAUCAUGAAUACGUGGUUAAUUUAAACCAACAUACUGAUGUGCACAGACUUCCAGAAUCGUCGAGUAUCCCACGACAUGGAUUUAAGUUUGUGAGUUUUGACACUCUCAAUGCUCCUGGGUAUGAUUGCACCUAUUUAGUUGAUGUUGUUGGAUAUCUUACUGGAAUUGGGAAUGAGAAGACUCUUGAAAAGGAUGAAAAAUCUACCAAAUAUACUGUUAUCGAAUUAGAGAUUGAUGAUGGAUCUGGCAAUAAGAAUGGAGCUGUUGUCGUCUUACAGUUUGUUAGAGUGAAGUUAUUUAACGAAAAGAUUGUUUUACAAAAUUCCAUGUAUGGCACAAAGAUGUUCUUCAAUCUUGAAGAUACAGCUGUCAUCCAAUUUAAAAAUAGCUUUGUAAGAUUUGAAGAAUCUAGAGGUAAUAUCAGCGGAAUUCCAAAUGAGGCUGCAUUCUUAAAAAUUUAUCAAGGCAAAACCAUCGAACAGUUAAAAGAAUUCGAUACUAAUUCUAUUUGUGUUGUCUUGACUACUAUAAGUCAUAUUAUGAAUACUCCAGAUUGGUAUCGAAUAAAGUUUGGUGUCAUUGAUGAUUCUGACUGUGCAUGUUUUGUAGUCUUUGACAAGGAGGCAAAACAAGUUUUGGGAAAGAGCUGUGUAGAGAUACUUGAUCCACUCCUAUUGAAAGGAGAUUUAUCGGAUACACCUACACUUUUGCUCAACCUAAUUGAUAAGACCUUUCUCUUCAUCAUUGAAGUUCAAAUAUCUGAUAAUCCACAUUUUUCACCUUCUUAUAAAGUUAAGAAGAUGACUGAUAAUGUGGACCUCAUAAAUAAAUUUAAAGAGGCUCACCCUAUUCAAAUUAAUUUGUUGCUUGAAUUCUCCAAUGAAGUUGCUGCCAAUGAUGAAUCCGAAUUGUUGGAAAAUGCUAUUACACCAACUAAGCGAUUAUCCUCGGAGUCGGAAGAAUCGAAGCACAAUAAUAGAGGAAAUUCGAGUGAUGGUUCCAAUGAUGUGCAUUUUCAAUCAGUGUUGUCGAACAUUACAAAUGGACUCAAUACAGAUAAUAACCCAACACCAUAUCGAUCAAGGUCUCCAACUACUAAUCUACACUCUGUAGGUGAAAAGGAACGAUGUUCCAAUAUUAGUGAUAUUAGUAAUUCAGGUAUCACACGCGAAGCAUAUGAUAGCCCAUGUCAUCAGACAAGUCAACAACAGUUUCAACAAACAUCAAACAAUAUCCACCAAUUGCAAAGUCAGCAUUCAUUGGAGUACUCAAAUCGAAUUAGAUUGCAAAGGGAUGUAAGACUGAAUAGAAAGACUAUGCUACUUCAAAAGAGACAUGGAGCAAGUACAUCUAAUUCAAAUUUAGAUACUAAAGAAUUAGAAGAAGUGUGCAUAGCUAAAAAAGAAAGAUACCUGAAACAAAGAAAAACAUUCUUGAAGGAAUUGGCUAUAAAUCUUUCAAAAUUUUUUGAAGAUGUUGAGGAUAUUACUGAAAACACGACUAUAUUAGAUGAUUCUGUGCAAAUUGAAUACCCAGCCAUAUUCGAUGUUGCUGAGAAUACAUAUGUGAUAGAUAUUGGUGACCCAGAAUUUUUUUGUCGGCAUUGCGACGCCAUGAUGUGGUAUGAGGAGAGAUCAGAAAAGUCUAAAACAGGAUCCAAUAUUGAGUUCUCAAUAUGUUGUAUGCGAGGGAAGGUACAAUUGCCGUUUUUGCAACGUCCACCUCAGCUCUUGCAAGGUUUAUUAUCUGGAGCAGACCAGAGAAGCAAACACUUUAAGGAUAAUAUAAGAACUUAUAAUAGCAUGUUUUGCUUCACGUCCCUCGGAGGUAAAAUAGAGACCUCUAUCAAUGAUGGGACAGGUCCUCCCCAGUUCAUUGUGAGUGGACAAAACUACCACAGAAUUGGAAGCUUGGUGCCAAUUGAGGGACAAAGACCAAAAUUUGCGCAGUUAUAUAUUUAUGAUACAGAAAAUGAGGUCUCAAACAGGAUAGAGAUUUUCAGUUCAAGAACAAACAACAACAACAUUGACCAGUCCUUAGUUCUAGAUCUCAAGGACAUGAUCGAUCAACAUAAUGUUCUUGCUCACACAUUUAGGAUAGUGAGAAACUACCUAAAUCAAGGAGAUAUCGCAAAUAUAAGACUACGAUUGUACCGAAAAAGAUCAAAGGAUGCAAGAGUCUACAAUUUACCAUCUUCUAACGAGGUCGCAGCUCUAAUAGUAGGAGAUUUUGAUUCUGGAGAUGCAGGACGUGAUAUUAUAGUUCAAUUAAAAUCUGUACAUCUGCAAAGGAUUCAUGAGACACACACCGCAUUUAUUCCUCUUUAGUACCCUAUGAUGUUUCCUUACGGUGAAGAUGGCUACCAAGAAGACAUUCCUUUGCGAGAAUCUUAUAGGGCUGAUGAAAAUAGAAAGAGACAGCGUGUGAGUUUAAGGGAGUUCAUAGCAUUUAGAAUACAAGAGAGAAAGGUCGAGUAUGCAACCAUUGUCAAUGGUGGAAGAUUAUUUCAGCAGUUCUUGGUUGAUUGCUUUUCUAUGAUUGAAGCACGAAGGUUGACCUACUACCGAAACAACCAAACCAAGGUGAAGAGUGAUAUAUACAAAUGGAUUCAAGAUGCAGUUGUUAGGGGUGAGACACGUGCUUCUAAAGCAGGUAAGCGUAUCAUCCUACCUGCGUCCUUCACUGGUGGUAUGAGAUACAUGUUUAAUAAUUGUCAAGAUGCUAUGACAAUUUGUAAGAAAUAUGGAUAUCCAGACCUCUUCAUCACAAUGACAUGUAACUCAAGUUGGCAAGAGAUUGCCGAAUAUAUCAAUCCAAGGAACUUAAAGGUUGAAGACCGGCCGGAUAUAUCGUGUAGAGUAUUCAAAAUUAAGUUUGAUAUGAUAAUCUCGGAUCUUAAGCAAGAAAUUCCUUUUGGAGUGCUAGAUGCAGGGAUGUAUACGGUGGAAUCAAAAAGAGGCCUACCACAUGCUCACAUUCUUUUAUGGUUAAAGUUGCCAGAUCCUGCUCAGCAUCCAAAAUUGUUUAGAGCUGUAUCUACAUAUAUGAUUCAUGGACCAUGUGGUAGAGCAUUCUCAAAAUCUUCCUGCAUGAAAGAUGGGUACUGUACCAAAUAUUAUCCCAAGACAUUCAAUAAAACCACAGUUAUCGAUGAUAGUGGAUACCCAUCAUAUAGAAGACGAGACACAGGGGUGGUCACUGAGAAGAAGGGAGUCCAUAUGGAUAAUAGGAAUGUGGUUCCAUACAAUGCAUAUCUACUGAUGUCUUAUCAAGCGCAUGUUAAUGUAGAGUACUGCAACAAGUCGAAUGCUAUCAAAUAUUUGUUCAAGUAUGUGAAUAAAGGUCCAGACAGGGUAGCAGUUGGAGUUACAAAGGAAGCUUUCAGUGGAGAGGAUGCUCAGGUUAUUGAUGAGAUCAAACAAUUCUAUGAUUGCAGAUAUUUGUCUGCAUGUGAGACUGUGUGGAGAACCUUAGCGUAUGAUAUUCAUCAAAGGUGGCCUUCAGUGAUGAGAUUAACCUUUCAUUUGCCUGGAGAGGAAAAUAUAAUCUUUAAAGAUGAUGACGAUCUUGAAGAAAUUGUGGAAGAAGAGGAAGGAAAAUAUACAAUGUUCUUAGCAUGGAUGGAGGCCAAUAAAAAAUUUGAAGCAGGUCAAACUUUGACGUAUGCUGAAUUUCCAAAUCAAUUUGUUUAUGAUAGAGAAUCAAGGGUAUGGCAUCCACGCAAAAGAGGGUAUUCUAUCGGGAGUUUAAAUUAUGUUCCACCGGGUACAGGUGAUAUUUAUUAUAUGAGAAUUUUGUUAGCUGUUCAGAGAGGUUGCACAACAUAUGAGUCUAUUAGGACAGUUAAUGGAAUUACAUAUUCUAGCUUCCAAGAUGCUUGCUAUUCCAUGGGACUACUGUGCGAUGAUAGGGAAUUCAUUACAGCUAUUAAUGAGGUAGCUGAACUUGCAUCUGGUCAUCAAUUGAGAAAAUUAUUUGCGAUGCUACUGAUAUCUAAUAGUAUUAGCAACCCAGAGCGUGUUUGGAAUGCAACUUGGACAUUAUUGGCUAAUGGAAUACUAUAUGAGAGGAGAAAAGCUUUGAAAAACCAAGGACUAAACAUGACUGGUGACGAAUUGAAAAACCUCUGCCUUAUUGAGAUUGAGAAGAUACUUAACAGCAAUGUGAGAUCUUUAAGAGACUAUCAAUCAAUGAAUAAGCUAAUAGAGGAGGAGUUAGCAUAUGACACAAAUGAGUUGACUCAUACAAACUUAUAUACAGAACAAAAGAUGACUCAUGAGCAAAGGUUAGUAUUUGAUGAGAUACUCAAUGCUGUUGUUACAGACUCUGGUGGUUUUUACUUCGUUUAUGGGCAUGGUGGGUGUGGUAAGACAUUUAUUUGGAAUAGACUUUCUUCUGCUAUUCGGUCUAGAGGAAAAAUUGUUUUAAAUGUCGCAUCCAGUGGAAUUGCUUCUUUACUCCUACCUGGUGGCAGAACGGCUCAUUCUAGAUUUUCAAUACCCAUUACAAUUACUGAUGAAUCUACUUGCAACAUCAAGCAUGGCAGUUUGAAGGCUGAGCUGCUCAUCCAAAGUAGCUUAAUAAUUUGGGAUGAAGCUCCAAUGCUCAAUAAAAUGUGCUUUGAAGCACUUGAUCGGACGCUCAGGGAUCUUAUGUCAGUUACCAAUCAACAUAAGACACAUCAACCAUUUGGUGGUAAGGUUGUUGUUCUAGGAGGUGAUUUCAGACAGAUACUUCCGGUGAUUCCGAAAGGAAGUAGACACGAUAUAUUGACAUCCGCUAUUAACUCAUCCCAUCUGUGGUCAUUUUGUAAGGUUCUGAAACUGCAUACGAAUAUGAGGCUUCUAAUGUCUUCUUUGGAUCAAGAUGAAGGUGAAAUAAAGAGAUUUGCUAAUUGGAUACUUGAUGUUGGAAAUGGAAAUAUUGGCUCUGUUGUUGGUGAUGAAUCAGAAGUUGAAAUUCCAAAUGAUCUAUUGAUUACAACUACUGAUGACCCUCUCUCUCAUUUGGUAGACUUUGCAUAUCCAAAUUUGUUGCAAAACAUGUCAGAUUACAGGUAUUUUCAGAGUAGGGUAAUUCUUGCACCCACGCUUGAGAGUGUCGAGAAGGUAAACGAUUUUGUCUUGACAAUCUUUCCAGGGAUGGAAAAUGAGUAUUUGAGCUCUGACACAACAUGUCAAGCUGAUGAGAAUGAAGAUGUACAACAAGAGUGGUUCACACCAGAGUUCCUAAAUGACAUCAAAUGUUCGGGACUACCCAAUCACAAGUUGACUUUGAAGCCAGGAGUCGUUGUAAUGCUACUGCAAAACAUAGACCAGACUUCAGGUUUAUGCAACAGGACAAGAUUAAUAGUUAACGAACUUGGCAGCAACAUAAUUGGAGCGACGGUAGUGACCGGUAGAAAUAUUGAAAAUAAAGUGUACAUUCCAAGAAUGAACUUGAUCCCUUCAGAUUCAGGAUUGCCAUUUAAGUUCCAACGGAGACAAUUUCCAUUGACAGUAUGCUUUGCAAUGACCAUUAACAAGAGUCAGGGUCAAUCAUUAUCACAUGUAGGGCUUUAUUUGCCAAAAUCAGUGUUCACCUAUGGACAACUUUAUGUUGCUUUGUCAAGAGUUAAGAGUCGCAGUGGCCUCAGGGUUUUAAUUCUAGACGAAGACGGCAAUCCAAAGUCAUCAACAACAAAUGUCGUGUUCAAAGAGGUUUUUAAUAAUAUUUAG